CACUGUCGUUACAAUAAAUCGACAAGUUCCGGUCUGUGCAAUGCUCCGAGUCUAAUACCAAAACUAUUCCCUAAAACGCCAAUAACAACGUAAACCCCCUACUAUGGCUGAAGUCCAUAUUGAGAUGAACACUUUAAGGUUCGGUGCUGAAGAAGAACCGCCUGAAUUGCCGCCAAAAAAAGCCGCAAUUCAGCAUCUUCCUAGUCGAGUUGCUCGACAUUCCACCAUAGCCGCUAUCAACCGUUCUACAAUUCGACGACCAAAUGUACCAAUGCAGAUUCAGCGAAGGACAGCUCUGAGGACUCGCACACGGGCUCUGAGGCGAUCAGAGCGCGCGGAUAGAGUCGAUGGAGGGCCACUGGAUGUCCAUCAACCGGGCCUUUUAGAUGAAGAAGAUCUACCGAGGGAGCUUCUCGAAGUGGCAGAUUUGAAAGCUGUUCCCUUACCCAUGUCCCAACGCCGGAAGUAUAGGGACUCCAUAAGGCAGAUGCAAGGUGUCCGAGGAAUCUCCCGCUGGAAGGUAAUGAAACUAGGGGCUUUAUCGUGGUGGAGAAGCUUUGUAACAGGGCUGAGGGAAUGGAAAUACGCUAUGGAGUUGUGGCGAGGCCAUCUCAAGCAAGUCGAGGGGCAGUUCGGCAGUGGGGUGGUUUCUUAUUUCAGUUUUUUGCGUUGGUUGUUAUUUUUGAAUUUAUUGAUCUUUGCUCUGGAGUUUGGGUUUGUUGUCUUGCCCACGGUUGUAAUUUGCACGUCUUGGAAUCAAGAGUCCCACAUGAAUAACAUCACUGGCUGUUCAUACCAAAAGCCGGUAUCGACCAAUCAGAGCCUUCAGCUCGGGGAUGUCCCCAAUGCUGUGUUGCAGUUCUUCACCGGUCAGGGAUGGAUAGGGACAACCCUUAUGUUCUACAGCAAUUAUCCAUCAAAACGGCUCAUCUCAGAAGAGGGCGUGACUUACAACCUCCCCCUGGCCUACCUACUAACAGGGGGGUGCACGUUGAUACUCUGCUUCUUUCUGAUGAUCACUAACCUGAUGGGUAACUUGAAGGAUAGCUACAUCGAGAGCGAGGGCAUGUUUAAUUCGUACGCCAAUAAGGUGUUCGCUGUUUGGGACUACUGUAUCUCAGAGGAGAUCGCCGCUCGUCACAAGCAUAGGAUAAUUGUGCAGGAUAUUAACUCUGACAUCGCUGAGGAACAGAGAAAGAGACGUGUCCAGAACAGAACCAGGAAGCAGAAGUGCGCACUGUACUCUUCGCGUAUUGCGGUCAACUUCAUUGUGGUACCAGCCCUGUGGUAUGUCUCCUUUGUAGUUAUCAUACAAGCUAUUUUCAACCCCGAGGAUUUAGACUUUACCGACAAGGGGCAAAGCAACAUGGAGCGCAUCCUUGCUAGUUACGGAUCGAGUCUUUUAAUUGCUCUGGCGAUAACUAUACCAAACUUGCUUCUCCCGUUACUGUUUGAAUUUCUAUCUAUCUUUGAGGACUGGAGUGCCGAGGUGGAGCUGGCGCUUAACCUUUGGCGACGCGUGUUUGUCAAGCUCCCCUCCGUAGCAGCACUGAUGAUAUUACUGUACAUCAACAUCGACAAAAAGACGAAGAAAAAAAGUGGAAAUCAACACUAUAGACUUGAAGCUUGCGAACAGUGCUGGGAAAAUGAGCUGGCUGCACAGAUGUACAUGUUGGUAUGGAUGGACUUCUUUGUCGUCAUUCUCACAACUCUUGGACUAGAAACCUUACGUAAAGUCUUCUACAACAAAUUUAGCUGCUUCCGUCGUAUCGGAAUGCAACAGUUUGACAUACCCCGGAAUGUACUAGACCUUGUCUAUGGGCAGUGCUUGAUUCUACUUGGUGGAUUCUUCAGCCCUUUGUUGCCAGCUCUCGGCGUCAUAAAGCUUUUCCUACUCUUCUACGUCAAAAAGGUCAGCCUAAUGUACAACAACACCCUCCCCGACCGCCCAUAUCAGGGCGCCAAGUCUACCUACAUCUUUACUUUAUUACUACUUUUCACGUUUUUUAUGACCUGUGGUCUGGUCGGGUGGGGAGUAACGCGUGUCCCCCCGUCUCUCUGUGGACCUUUUCGUAAUGCCAAUUGUGAUUUGAGUACUAGUAUACUAAGUAUUCUCUCAGCGGAAGUUUCCAAAUGGCCUGAAUGGCUGCAUCAAGCUGUUUUCUACAUGAGCACUGCCGCCUUUAUAUUACCCAUAACGCUCCUGGUGCUCGUGUGCCUGCAUUACUUCAGGUCGGUGGCUAAAGCCCAUCGAUGUGUAAUUGGGAUGCUGAAGGAUCAUUUAGCGUUUGAGACGAAGAUUAAGCAACAGCUUUUGAAAAAGCUGGAGGGCAUGGGACCUAGCACGCGACACGAUUGUGCUGAUCAUGCUAAGAUACAAUAGCUACACGUAUCACGCCAUACUAUUCGUGGUUAUUCUCCACAGAGGUCUUUGUUUGGAAACAGUUCAGCACUGCUCAACAUUGCUGGUGUAAAGCCCCGUGCAAACUGCUCCAGCACCUGCCAGCAUUGCUGGCGAAUUUUCGCUUUACUGACUAUAGGACAAAGGAAAUGUCAAUAUGGGAAAUGGACUUUCUGACAUUUCCUUUGUCUUGUACUCAGUCGAGCAAGAAUUCGCCAGCUAUGCUGGCGGGUGCUGGCGCAGUUUGCACAGGGCUUAACACUGUUUUACAGCAACAAAAACAGCUUUCUUAUAUCGCAACAAGCAACACCCUUUAUUUUAGGAGCAACACAAUAUCUUUUGUUGUCAUUGCGCCGUAAUACGCAACACCUUUCGCGUAACACGCAACAUUCAAUAUUUCUGCCGCAACACGUAACACCGUUAAUAUUGCUGGCGUAACACCGUUUAAUAUUGUUGGCGCCACGCGCAAAAGUGUUGGAAAAAGAAUUGCAAAUAUGAUGUCUAUACACAAGCAAGCUCAACAACAUUUCCAAACAUCCGAGACCGGAGAGCAUGAUUAUAUGCACAAGCAGUGAGAAAGAAGUGGAAAAACCUUUUAAUAUCGAUACCCAAACUCAAUUCGUCAAUCGAUAAAAUGCCUUUUAGCGGUUGAAGACUUGAAAUCAGUAUAUUCGUUAAACACGUUUUUAUAGUGUUUACAUUGGUACCAUUCUUUUAUUCAUCUGCGAGUGUCAGGGGUAGGUUUUUUAGAAUUAGAAUUAGAAGUACGAAAUAGAAGCGAAAAGCGGGGAUUGAUAAAGGAGAUGACACUAGAGACCUUUUGUGAUUACUCGUAGUAGUCUAAUGGGAGAAGGUUAGACCCCACGCCCUUCUUUAACCACCAUCCUCCGUAAUUAAUCAUUAGGCAAAAAGACAAUUACGCUAUGAUGGUGAUUAAAGGAAGGAAAACAAAGGAGACAGCCAUCCUCGUGAAGCUGUUUUGUUAUUACCUUAGGGCCAUCUUUUAUUACUUCCUCAAGUCUAUUACGAUUGAAUGAUUUGUGGUUCGUAAGGGUAAGGUUAGAAUAGUAAUCUGUUUUCUUCACUUAAAAUGUGAUAAAGAUAAUUUUUAAAACGUGA